ACUUUUGUGUUGCUAUGUUAAGAGAAGUGCCAGGACAUUUUCUCAUGGAGCUCUCCACUGAGAGAGGUCACGGAAGAUUCCCACCAUCUGCACUUGCUUGAAAACUCCUCCUUUAUAAAGGCGGAAAAGGGGGAUUGGAUUCAUCCAUCAGAUCCGAGUGUAAUCAACACUGUCAGCUGACAAGAAUGUGCAACGAUGACUGCGAGCUGCAUUUUCAAGGCCUGGACACUUGAAAUAAUUGCAGUGGAAGCUGAUGAAUUUGGCAAGAGGCAGCCAAACUGUCUACCAUCAGUCUAUUUGGCAGCUUAGGGUUGAUUUUUUUUUCUGUACAUGCUCUGCAAGAAUCAACAAGAACAAAUGUUUUUUGAUGCACCUGGAGGAUCAUAGCUGCUGUGAAAGUUCAGUCGUGCGUCCUGCCGCUCUGACUGUUGGACGCAGCGCACUCUGAGCGCACGUUGGCUUUUUUUUUUUUCUUCCUCCCCUCGAUUCAGACGCGGUGUCAAAGUUUCGUUAAACAAACUCGGAAUAUUUCUCGGAGGUAAAAUGACCUGAGAGAUGUAGUAUAACCACCAGCUCUGGCGAAGGCGGCGAGUGGGCGGCUGAUCGCCGGCGCCGUGCGUAACACCAGCAGGUGGAUGGAGAGGCUGGCGGGAUGCAGCUUUCCAGCAGGUCAGCGCCGCUUCGGAGCGGCUGGACUCCAUAUUCUCUGCUGACGGACGUGUCGCCACUUUGGACUUGAUGUGAGGAUGAAGUUUUCAAUUUAAAAAUCUAUCUUGCCCUUUUACCAUCUCUCUACAGCUGGGAUGUGAUACUUGUGGUUCCUCGUGCACAAAAAUCCUUAGUUGUCCCAAUAUCCGCAGGCCAAAGCUCCCAGACCCCAAGGUCUCAAAUUCUCAGUACCUCAGGCUAAUCUUAGAACCUAACACCCAAAGUCCUUCGAUCCAUACUUCCACCACCCUCUGCGUUAAAAUCAAUGAUUGCCACUUGAAACCAGAACUCAUUAAUAUCUACCAUCUCUGAACUCCUCUCUGAUCACACCUUAUCUCUUACUCCUAGUCAUUUUUAGAUGCUUAGAACCCUUUGAUUCCCUAAAACCCUUUCAGCCAUCAUGGCCUUGGAUCAGUGGCCCUUCCUCUCGACUCCCCCCAACACCUCCAUUCCUGAGCCCCUGCUAUAUGACAGCUACAUCCAAGGGAAUGAGUCCAACCUGGACCAGAACACCUCUGAGCCUGGAGAGUCCCACCAGGACAAGACCAGCUCUGUGGUCAUCACCUUCAUCUACUUUAUGGUAUGCGCCGUGGGGCUCUGCGGCAACACCCUGGUCAUCUAUGUCAUCCUGCGUUAUGCCAAAAUGAAGACAGUGACCAACAUCUACAUCCUGAACCUGGCAGUGGCAGAUGUUCUCUGCAUGAUGAGCCUGCCGUUCAUCGCCCUGCAGCUGGCACUGGUGCACUGGCCCUUUGGAGAGGCUCUGUGCAGGGUGAUCAUGACAGUAGACUCUCUCAAUCAGUUCACCAGCAUCUUCUGUUUGAUGGUGAUGAGCAUCGAUCGAUACCUGGCUGUGGUCCACCCUAUAAAGUCCACAAAAUGGCGGAAGCCCCGUGUAGCCAAGCUAAUUAACAUGACAGUCUGGGGUGUGUCGCUGUUAGUCAUCCUACCAACUAUGAUCUUCAGUGGCCUGGACAAGGUGCCAGUAUGUGGCAUUGUGUGGCCGGAGCCCCAGGACGUCUAUUACACAGCCUUCAUAUUCUACACCUUUUUCAUCGGAUUCUUCAUGCCCCUGGCAGUCAUAUGUCUGUGCUACCUGCUUAUUAUAGUCAAGGUCAAGUCAUCCGGCAUGAGAGUGGGCUCCACCAAACGCAAACGUUCGGAGCGUAAGGUGACCCGAAUGGUGUCCAUCGUGGUGGCGGUGUUCGUCCUCUGCUGGCUGCCUUUCUACAUUUUCAAUGUCACCUCCGUCACCGGCUCCAUCAGCCCCACCUCUGCUGUGAAGAGCACCUUUGACUUCGUGGUGGUCCUUGGCUAUGCCAACAGCUGCGCCAACCCCAUCCUGUACGCCUUUCUGUCGGACAACUUCAAGAAGAGCUUUCAGAACGUUCUGUGCCUGAAAAAGGUGGCAGGCCUGGACGAGAUAGAGCGUAGUGACAGCAGGGCUGACAGGAGCAGGAUGGUUAAUGACGCUGUAAUCAUCAACGCCAACCUCGAGACUCACAAUGCUGCCCUGCUCAACAGCGAGCUGCAGACCAGCAUCUGAGGGUGAAGGAGAGGCGGUCACAUCCAGGGAGGCCAGAGAGAUUGAGCAGUGGCUCUUGGGGCUUCCAGACUGAUGUGCUGCCAGUGCACUGCUAGUGACCCCUGCUCAAAGAUGCGGGGGCAGGAGAGUGAUGUAAUAGCUGCUGCUCACGGACACUGACACAUGAACAAAGUCUAAGUGAAAAAUAAACAAUUUCUUUAGGGUUUUCAGAGGUUGGGGAAAGUACACUGACUCCAGCUCAAAACUCGAUGUUUGGGUUAAUGAGGUAACUUGAGCUGGUUAGCCUUGAGGUGAAGCAACAAUAUACCUGACUGAAGUGAUUUUCAAUACAGUAGAAAUAACUGAUGUGGAAAUCAAACAUAAAUAAGACUGCCCUGCCUUUCACGCUCACCUGCUUGAGGCUCAGAUCAAGUUCUUAUAUAUUUAUGUAUAUAUAGAACUACUAGAACUACUGAGGCCAGUCCAACCAUGGCAGAGACAAGUCUGGGGGGUACUGAGCUCCAUCUGUGACUCCUCGGCAUUGAUUUCUCUGAAUGUGGAAAUACUGCUGAAGAAGUCAGCCAAACAUUUCAGUGGAAGCCGGCACUGCAAUUCUCCAGAGAUUCUGAAAGCUAAAAAUCAGCAACCACAACCCAAAGAUGAAUAGUUUUGUGGUCAUGUUUUAUUCAUACCAGCUGAUAAGUCUGGCCUCACAUGAUCAACAGGGCAACAAAAUGGCAAACUCCUCCAAACAUAUCUUAUUUACCCACAAAGGAUGGAUGAUUUCUUUCCCUCUCUAGCUGGCAUCUCCGUGGAAGGAGCUGCAUUGAUCCCUAAAGGCCAGAAUUUAAUAUCAUGGAUUAUUGAUUAAGCGGAAGGAUGGGAAGACAUCUCGGGAGCUGCUCUGACCUUGCGCAGUUCAAAACCGCAUGACUUUGUAUAUUGUAAAUGGUUUUCGGUAAACCUCUGGGGGAAAGUUCGGCACAUAGACAACUUCAUGUCCUAACCAAAACAAAUUUCAAAGGCAAUCCCUGCUGUAAAAUUCUGUAUUGUUGUGAUAUGCAUCAAGGACAGCUUUGAAACUAUGUUUGUGAAGUCUAUCAUGUGUAAUUUAUACUUCACUGUAUCCUGGUCUUUACAAUAGUUGCCUCCUGUGCCAGUGAUGCAAUUAUAAAGAGCCCAUUUCUACUUGUAAAGUGCUGUGUUUCGACAAUGUAAGAUUUCCAUGUUGAAAUGUGGUCAACGCCCUCAGCUUCACAUUUGCCUCAGCCAGCAUGUGCUUACAAAAACUAAAUUUCACAGACAGCAGGAAAAUAUAUAUCACCUUGUCAAAAGAGAGACAGACAGAGGGCGAUAAGGACCUAUAGAAAGAAAGCAAAGCUUGUGUAUUUACUGUAACUAUUGAAGACAAGAAAUUGGCUGCAUGAAUGCAGGUGAAAACAGAUCAAGGUGUGCAUGUGGGUGGGUGAGAAACAGAGAUACACUUAAACAUCUAUAUAAUAGUUUUUAGUGUUGUAUUUCCAAAACAACAUUUUCAAAUGUUGUUACAAGCCUUUUGAUGGCUCAGAAGUCACCAGUUCAUGGGCAACGAUGGCUGAGAACAGCUGAUUGCAUUUCCCACAUCUACCGUACUCUGUACAUUGUGUUUGUACCAACCAUUACGUUGGAAUAAUACUAAGCCAUCUCACGUUUUUUUAUGUCAGUUUGCAACAACUUGAUUUGAACAGUUUUAUUUAGGAUAGAUAUGAUUAUAUAUGAACUAAAAUAAUACAUAUAAAAAUAUAAAAUAUAUAAACUAAUAUAUCUACAUGGGGCCGCUGUACAAGACUGGGCUACAAGAUUAGAUAAUGAUGCCAGACGUGUUUUUCUAUACUGGAUUUUAGUGGUAAAUGUUUUUAUUUUUUGUUCUCCCAGUUCCCACUUUGCUUAGAUGAUAAUCCAGCCUUGACUGUGUCACAGUUUAUUGGUACAGAAUAAUUUAAAAGCUAUAACUGUAAAAAGACUGCAACCUUGUGGAUUUAAUCUUGAGUGACUAUUCAAAUUCUCACACAGACUGCUCAUGGAGUACAAACACUGCUAACAUACGAAUUCUCGUACAUACGAAACAGGUCAGGGUAAUGUCAUAAGAAACAUGCGUCUAUGUUCACAGUAAGCAACAUUGCUGGGGGACCCACUGAUGCUUGUUUCUAUGGAUACCAUUUAACACUAUAACCAACACAUCUUAUACCACUUCACCGUCAGUGUUACAAAUCAAAUAACACAAAAAGCAUACUAUUAAAGGGACUUUGCCUCAGUGCAUCUCUCAGCUCUCAGUGGCAUUCAAUACAGUGGAUGAAUAGUGAAAGCAAUAAGCAGACAGCUUAAGUGUGCACACAGGUGCAGUAUAUCCCUGUACUCUGUAUAUUAAGUGGUUUAUGGUGAGAGAUAGGGAAGUCAGGAGGCCAGACUGAUUAAUGGAGUAAUCAGUCAAUCAGUGGACCUUCAUGCAGCUUUACUUUUUUUUUUUUUUUAAAUCAGCCACUCCAGAGAUGUGGCUCAAGGGACAGCAAAGACAGUCUGU